UUAAAGUCACGUUGAAAGGCUCACAUUAAUGAUUGAACAGAGUGAUGUGCUUUUUACGUAUAGAGGUGACUGCACAGAAAAGACUCAGAUAUCAAACCAUUGCCACAUUUUCGGUUCUUAAGGUGUUCAUCAUUCCGUAAGGAUCAAUUUCAGAAGAGAUCAGGAUGUCUUCGGAGGACCAGGAGAGCGUCCACAGUCACUCAAGCAUUUUCAAUCCAGACACUGAAAAUGACAAGAGGCGUGUUUGGAACCCAGAUUAUUUUUUCGAUAUUGUUUUGUUAAUUUCAGGCUGGUGUGCUGAACCGUCCGAAGCCUGCAGUUCAAAAGGCAUGUAUUACGUGGACAAGGAUCAUUGUAGCAAAGAAAAAAAUCUCAGCAAUCCUGUUGAUAUCCUAUAUCUGAACAGGCCAACUGCACAGCAAGAAUACUUCAAAGAAAUUUACGAACAGAGGGGGUGGAUGUGGAUUUCAGACGCAAACAAACUUGGACCAAUGCACACUGGAUUUGCGGUUUCCUCAUUCGUGUUGUGGAUUCUUGUCAUGCUUGGGGUUUUUGGCACUCAAAUACCUCAACCGCACAUACCGUUCGUCGCGUACACCGUACCCCUCGCUCUUUACGUGCUAUAUAUGCUAAUAUCGUUUUGCCUGCCUGGCAGUGGCAGUGGCAUUGCAGAUCGGUAUUAUUUCAAGCCACAAGAUCUAGGCAAGGCUCGCUGCUGGGGUGACGCCGCGACGCUGGCGUUCGCCUGCAUGAACAUCGGCUAUGGCGUUCUUCCAUUUUUGGCGGCGAGGAACGCACCACGGCGGCGGUCGUACGUGGACGUGCUCUAUCUCGGCGCCGCGUGCCUGCUCUUCACCAUAAUCACGUCCUAUAGCUUCUAUGCACUGGCUGGCUACUUUGUUAAAAAGGUCAGGACAAACAUGCCGACCCAACUCGCUCUCAACGGCCAGGACCUUGCUCGAGUUUACUUUCCCACGCUGAUGAAUGACGCGCCCCCGGACGUGCUGUGGUCCGUGCUGUACUUCUUCGUUCUGACGUCACUCGGAGUCGGGUCGCUGAUAAUGCACAUAGUCUGCAUUGUCGGCGAGCUGUCGUCUCUGUCCAGCUUUAGGUUUCGCAAACCUAUAAUCUUCGUCGCUGUCGGCCUGUUUGGAGCCAUCACGGGCCUUUUAUUCGCAAAUAAAGGAGCCAGCUUUUUGCUGGACAGCAUGGAGUCGCCGAUAUUUGGAUCCAAGAAGGUUAUUCUUAGCUUGCUGUUCGUCAUCGUCGUCAUCUUCCUCUAUGGUCGCAACAACAUGAUCCACCACAUUGAGCACCGGCUGCAGGUGACACCCUGCCCGCCAACGAUGCUCUGCCGAGCCUUCUGGUGGGUGGUCUGUCCGCUGGGACUGGCGGUGCUUCCAAUCCUCGCUGCUGUCGGCCGCGGAGGAGCCGUCUUCGACAAGCGCACGCCAACGUUGUUGGUUGCUUGCACCGUGAUCUACGAGUUCUACUACUGGUUCAUCAUCGGUGGCGUGACCGCCUGGGCGUGGUUUCAGCCGAAGAAGCCGCGCGGGGUCUGGCGACUCGAGCGGGACAGCGAGGACGUCGAGGUUGCCACACCGGAGUCCUUCCAGCAGGUGGCUGUAUCGGAGCAGAACAGUGGCGACUCGUGGCAGACGUGCGCCUGAAAGCAGCCAGGACUCGUGGUGCGUGUGCGACUGAGAGCAGCGGGACUCCUGGCGCGCAACAGUGCCUGAGGACGGCAGGGACUCCUGGCGCGCUUACGAAUGAGGACAGCGACGACUCCUGGCACGCGACAGCGCCUGAGAGCAGCGAGGACUUCUGGCACGCGUGCGACUGAGGGCAACGGGGGCUGCAGGCGCGCGACGGCGACUGAGAGCAGCGGAAAUUCUUGGCACGCGGCAGCGCCUGAAAGCAGCGAGGACCCCUGGCGCGCGGGCGGCUGAGGCAGAUGUGACAUGGAAGAGGGUGCUCGUGGCAGGUGCAUAGUUGACGUGGACACCCAAGGCUGUGACUUUAAGUUACUGUACGUAACUGCGGUGAAGUAACACGGAGAAGUGAUGAUACAUGUCCAGGCUUUCGCUAGCCAUCGCCAAAGUGGUUGAGGCUGUUACGCGACCACAAUUGAUGUGGGUUGGGAGGCCUCAUUAGAGGUGGUAGAUAUCGCGCGAAGUUCUUUGAGGCCGUGUAUAGAAAGCUGAUUUGCAGGACAUGCCCGAUUAUGCACAGCUCUCACAGU